UUUGUGGGCCAAAUUGUUUCAGACAAGUGCAGCCACACUACUUUUGGCCGUCUGCCGACACUAUUCCAAAUUAAUUUAUUUGUUAUUGUCGCUCCGUUUGGUCUCGUUUUCCAAGCUAUCCGCGAUGUCCAUCUACGCCGACGUUCCAAAAGGACCCGCCAUCGAGGUUUUCGCCCUGACACAAGCCUUUAAGGACGACAGCAAUCCCAGCAAGGUCAAUUUGUCUGUGGGCGCUUACAGAACAGAUGCUGGAGUUCCCUGGGUUUUGCCUGUGGUGCGCAAGACGGAAAUCUGCAUUGCCAGCGAUGAGGCCGUUAACCACGAGUAUUUGCCAGUGACUGGACUCGAUACCUUCACCAGUGCGGCCACGGAAUUGGUUCUGGGUGCUGAUUCCCCAGCCAUCAAGGAGAAUCGCGCUUUUGGAGUGCAGACCAUUUCGGGCACAGGUGCCCUGCGUAUUGCCGCCGAUUUCCUGCACACACAACUGAAUCGCAAUGUUGUGUACUACUCGAACCCUACAUGGGAGAAUCACCACAAGAUCUUUUGCGAUGCCGGCUUCACGACCCUGAAAUCGUACCGCUACUGGGACCAAAAUAAGCGCCAAUUGGACUUCAAGAACAUGGUUGCCGAUCUGAACGAGGCUCCGCCCGGUGCUGUGAUUAUUCUGCACGCCUGUGCCCACAAUCCCACCGGCAUUGAUCCCACCCAGGAGCAGUGGAUCGAGCUGGCCGAUCUGCUGGAGAAGAAGAAGUUGUUCCCGCUGUUCGACUCAGCUUACCAAGGCUUUGCCAGCGGUGAUCCUGAUCGCGAUGCCUGGGCCGUUAGGUACUUCGUUCAGCGAGGCUUUGAGCUCUUCACCUGCCAGUCGUUCGCCAAGAACUUUGGCCUCUACUGCGAACGUGCCGGCAACCUGACGGUGGUGCAGAAGAAUGGCGCUACCAAGGCAGCGGUUCACUCUCAACUGACGCUGCUCAUUCGUGGUCAGUACUCGAACCCGCCCGCGUACGGCGCUCGCAUCGUUUCCAAGGUCCUUAACACACCGGAGCUGCGCAAGGAGUGGAUGGCCUCCAUCCAGUCAAUGUCGAGCCGCAUCCGCGAGAUGCGUGCCGCACUGCGGGACAAGCUGGUGGCCUUGGGAACACCCGGCACCUGGGAUCACAUUGUCAACCAGAUCGGCAUGUUCUCCUACACCGGUCUCAACGAGAGCCAGGUACGCGUGCUGAUCGACCAGUACCACAUUUAUCUGCUGAAGACGGGUCGCAUCAACAUGUGUGGCCUGAAUACGGGCAACAUUGAGUAUGUGGCCAAGGCGAUCCAUGCCGCGAUCACCGGGUCAGGAUCCAACGCUGCCUGCCCUUGUGACAACAAAUUGUAAUCGUAGCAAAUUACCCGCUGGAUAGAUACGUACAACGACUAGCUAUGUACAUAUAUUGGGCAUGCGAUUUAGGAACCCCAAAGCUGGAUCACAGAUGUCUGCACCAUUGGCAUUUAAAUCAAACUAACACCAAAUGCAAUUACUAAACGUUUAUACGCGGCUUUUAGAUCGAUAUACACAUAUUAUACACCGGAAAUGAAUGUUCCACAUUGAAGUAAAUAGUUUACAAAAAUUACGCACUUUUAAAGGCCGUCGAAGAUUGGUUAAAUAAUGUUUAGCUUAAGAACGUUUAUUGACCUGUGUGUAAAAUUUAGAUAAAUCGACAAUAACAUUACUGAAGUAUUUAA